AUCCAAGCAGCGGCUAAUCAGCGGAUCCGGACUUAGUUCGCCUGCAUCGGUUGUACUAAUUGGCUUGCUGUGUCAUUAUGGUGUCAUCGGAUGGGAUUGGGCUAAAACCCUUUUCUUCAAAUCUAAAUCGAGGAAAGUGGGAAAAACCCUCGGACUAUUUAUUUGCUUGCUUUGGAUUAGCUCUCAAAAUGGAUAUAUUUGUAGACACAUAUUGGUUUUAUUUCGAUACGGGUAUUUCUGCAAUGCUGCCGCAUUUUUUAUAUAUGGUGAUCUAUUUGGUUCCCAUUAUGGUCGUUCACUCGUUUAUGGGUCAGUUUUCCAGCAGUGGCUUUAUCUCCGCCUUUCGCUUAUCCCCUUGUUUCAAAGGCAUGGGAUAUGUGAGCGUUUUCCUGACCAUCUCCAUGCUUAUUUACUACAGCAUUUUUGCUGCUGUUCCGCUUCUCUUCAUUAUCAACUCAUUUCGGCCCACUCUACCUUGGAGUUGUGAAGGCUUAAAGUCAUGGCACAAUGAAUCCCUUGGGCAAUCAACUACGUGUAAUCUGACAAUGAAUGCGAACACAUUGAAGAUCGAUAACGAAACAAGCUUUGAAUUAACCAUUUUUUAUAUCCCUUCUGUACUCUACUUUCAAAACCAUUUUGAAACCUUGAAAGACGAUAGAACGCUCUACAGUAUGGACUACGAGGUAUCCUGGCACUUCGUGGGUCUUUUUGCUCUGGCUUGGGCAAUGAUUGCCAUUAUAUUCCAUUAUUUCUCAGAGACCGCCAAGUUUGGAAAAUUUAUACGUAACAUGGUUAUUGGGACCCUAGUUCUCCUUUUAGUGUGCUUUGUGCGGUUUUUAUAUCUUCCAGGAGUACAUUUGGGAGACAUAAUAGAUAGGAAUCUUGAUGCAGAUAGCAUGGCUAUGGGAGCUACGUCGACAUUUGUCUUGGUUCUACAUGCGUUUGGAGCUGGCUGGGGCAGCGUGAUAGCCCUCUCCAGCUUUAAUGGCUUCAAGACCAACAUAAUGUCAUAUAGUUGGAUUAUUUCCUGCGGACAGAUCUUCAUUUACAUUUUGUUUGGCUUGGUUUCCUUUAUGCUACACCACUACUUCUAUGUAAUCACAGAUACUUCCUUUAGCAAAAUUGUUUUGAGCCAUUGGCUGUUGUUUUUGUCUAGUGCUUCUGCCUUGACUUCAUUGAGUUGGCCGAACAUGUGGACUUUUGUUUACUAUACUAUGUUAUUAAUGGCAGCUCUUAUUGUGAUGACGACACAAAUAUUUACUGUCUUGCAAAGUUUGUUUGAUGAGUUUGAUGAACUUCGUGUGAGAAAACAGGAGGUAACCUUUGGCCUUAUAGGUGUCCUUGCAUUUAGUUCGUUUUUCUUUUGCACAAAUCAUGGCAUAAUACAUUUUGCCGCGUUGAGUCUUGAUGCUAUUUUUUCACAAACUCUGCUCCAUUUAAUGCUCCUUUUCGUGGUUUUGUGGAUAUACGGCCGAAAACGUUUCCAGCGGGAUAUUGAGUUCAUGUUGGGUAAACAGAUUCCCUCCUGGAAUAUAUUUAUUCUCCGCUUCGUGGCUCCAAUCAUUUUGGUCAUUUGUCUGCUGGCUGCUGUGUCCGUUGCGAAGCACACCCACUUCCCAGCAGUGGUCCUCUGGAUGUCCAUUAUACUGGUGGGGUUACCCAUUCUGGCAAUUCCUGGCUACGGAUUCUACUACCUUUCCCAGAGCCCUGGCACCUAUCUGGACCGCUGGAGACGCAUCUGUCAACCCACCGAUUGGUACCCGGUUGAGAUGGAGUACCGCCAGCAGUACGACGAAACUGUAGGAAACAGUGAGAUGGUCCACCAGCUUUUCGAGGUUACCGAGGAUGUGAACUAAGUAGUAAUUCAAAAUUACAAAUAAAACGUAUAUCCUUAUCACUGUUGCUGUUUUAAAUAAAUAAAUUAAAAGUAAAGGAAAAUUGAA